UUUUGACACCAACCAAAAAUUCACAGUAUUAAGCAUUGCAACGUGGUCUAACAUGAAUCUGCUUUCCUGAUUCCAGGAGUUCAACUCCUACUUUUCCGCUGACCGUACGCCAACUCUCCCUCCUUCUCCCAAAAAGCCAAAAACCUCAACCCCUUCCCUCCCUUUUAUCACACGCACUCACACGCAGUGAGAGGAGGAGAAUGGCCACCCUAGUUCAAUCUGGAAAAUGGAUUCAAAAGGGUCUAGAAAUCAUUAUAGCAGCAAUAAGUUGGAUGGUAUUUUUGUUCCUGGAUUUUCUUGAAGUUUUCAUGUGCAUUUUCUAUAGAUUGUUGGAUGAAUUCCUGGAAGGAAAAGCCUAUUCUUCAUGUUACUGCAUGGAAUUAAUGGAGGAAAAGGAGAAGACAGGUGAUUGUCAUCAUGUUGCUCAAGUAGAAGUUGAUGGAGAGAGUGAGCUGUCUGAAACGCUUCAUCGAAGGAGAAAUUUCUUUAGGGGCUUAUUGGGGUCACUUGGGAUUUCUUUGGUUCCAAAAGGAUGGAGAGAUGGUGAAUCAUUCUUGCAGAUGAGGAAUGGCACCAGGUGGUCUGAUUGUGGGUGUGAUUCUUGUGUUGAGUGGAUGAAAAAUGCUGAUGAUCCAAAGCUUCACGUUGUGGUCCAAGAACCACAGACAGAAAGAGCUAGCUGGGUGGACAGCAAAGAAAGGGAAGCCGAAAAUGUGAUAUUUUUGCAUGGUUUUCUCUCAUCCUCCUCAUUCUGGACAGAAACUGUAUUUCCUAAUUUAUCUGAAUCUGCAAAGCAAAAUUGCAGAUUGUUUGCUGUAGAUCUAUUGGGAUUUGGGAGAAGUCCAAAACCGAGGGACUGUUUUUACACCCUCAAGGAUCACCUAGAAAUGAUUGAGUACUCAGUGAUCGGUCCAUAUCAGCUGAAUUCAUUUCAUCUAGUUGCACACUCCAUGGGGUGUAUCAUUGCUUUGGCAUUAGCUGCAAAACAUUCUAAAUCUGUGAAAUCAAUAACCCUCAUAGCACCGCCUUACUUCUCUUCUUUGAGAGAGGAUGCUAGUAUGGUAGCACUUGAAAGACUUGCAGCGAAAAGACUGUGGCCACCUCUUUUAUUUGGUUCAUCAUUUAUGUCUUGGUAUGAACACUUAGGCAGAUGUGUGUGCUUCAUUAUUUGCCGAAAUCAUCAAAUGUGGGAAUCACUCUUGAAAUUCAUCACCAGGAGAAGGAAUCUACAUUUUACGUUUAUAGACUUGACUCGGCAUACUCAUCAUUCUGCUUGGCACACAAUGCAUAAUGUCAUAUGUGGAGGGGCUAAAUUAGCUGAUAAGUACUUGGAGACUUUGAGAAUGGCCAAAGUGAAAAUCAAUGUUAUCCAAGGCACUCGAGAUCAAGUAGUCCCAAUUGAAUGCAGCAUCAACAUUCAAAAGCAAGUUCAAGAAGCAGAGAUUGACAAGAUUGCCAAUGCCAACCACGGCAGUGUAGUUUUAGGUAGAGAAAAAGAUUUUACAAGGGACUUGGAACGUAUAUGGUCUUCUGUUGCUGAUCUGCAUUAGACGAAAAUGUGGAAUUAAUCCACCACUAACCCCCAUUUGUGAACUACUUUCUCCAGCAGAUGAUUUGAUUUUUAAGGAUUUACUUUCAUCAGUGUAGGGAAAUUUGUUUCAAAUGCCUAAACAAGGCAGGGUUAUUGGAUUUAGUGCAGAUUCAAAUUGGUUUUCAUGGCUUCAUGUGCCUUAUCUUCACUUGAAAAACAUGCAGGGAUCUUGUUGGCAA